AUGUUUGUAUCAACUCUUGUGUUGCUAUUGUGGGCAUUCGUUGGAGCCCAAGCAGCAGUCAUUCGCGGAAGGCUAGAUUUGGGCGGUUACAACAUCAGUCAACGUGAGGUGUUAAGGUCGUAUUUUAGUCUCUAUCAAGUCGGAAACGUAACCGAUAAGCUCUACCAUGCGCGCGCGAAAAUUCAGGAUGAAGCUGGCACCUUUGAGUUUACUGACGUUCCCGUAAGCGACGAUGCUGACACUGCAACUUAUUUCGCAUUACACUCGCUUUCUCUGGAUUUCAACUUGAAGCCUAACCGGAUUUUGGUUGAAGUGAGACCUUCGAGCGACUUAGACGCGCCACCAACGAUCCGAGCAUACAAAAACAUUUUUGGCAGGCAAAAUUUCCCCUCCCCAGACAUACUCCACCCUGAGAAACUGGAAGAAAUUCCCGCGUCGCCCGCGAUCGUUAUUUCCACGGUGAACAGCGCUCCGCUGCGUCUUUACGUCGAAACAAGAAACCAAGGCAUUUUCCAAAAGGGACCUUUGGCUAGCAUAGUAAACUCCAAAUACAAGCUGGCCGCGGUCAUAACCGUGAUCAUGCUGCUUCUGUUCCCGGUUGUCUUGGAAAAAUUGGACCCCGAGACGGCUAAGGCCAUACGUGAACAAAAAGUGAACCAACAAAAAGGGCACCACGCAGAGAAUCCGGCGGCAAGCGAAAUAAUUGGCAAAGAGUCAAAGCAGAAAUAA